AUGUAUGAUUCAGAGUAUUAUGAGAAAACCGGUAAGUGUACCCGUGCUGAUGAAGGUGUUGUUUUCAACGGCACUGGAAACGUUGCUGGUAACUGGACCUACAAUGCUACAGGAUCCUACAGCAACCAAUCUAUGCCUGCAAACUACACUCCUGCCGGUGGUGUUGCUCCCAUGGAGCCUAACCCCGUUUACCAUCCUUUGAGUGACUUUGACUAUCAAUCUCUCACACUCGCUCUGUACCAUGAGUACAUUGAACUUGAUCUCUUCAACUGGGGUCUUACCGCAUUCAGUCAGCAAGAGUUCCAACAAGCUGGUAUCAAUGAAGACUACCAACACUUAAUUCGCUUCAUGGCCCAACAGGAAAUUGGCCAUGCUGAACUUAUUUCCAACAUGUUGGGCCCUAGCGCCCCCAAGGCCUGUACUUACAACUUCAACUUCACCAGUGUUGGUGAGUACCUUACCUUUGCCCAGCAUCUCACCAAGUGGUCUGAAUCCGGUGUCUACGGAUUCUUGGCCCACAUGAAUUCUGGUGCUGCUGCAACGUUGUUGUUGCAAUCCAUUAGUACUGAGGCUAGACAAGAGAUGUCUCUUCGUCAACUCGGUGGCAUGUUCCCUUACCCUGUCUGGUUUGAGACUGGUAUUCCUCAAUCAUUUGCUUGGUCUUUGAUUGCUCCUUACAUCGUUUCUUGUCCUGCCAACAACAGCCGUGUUGCCUGGCAAAACUUCCCAAAGUUGAGCAUUGUCUCGCCCAACUUUGUCUCAAACGCUUCUAACGGUUCUUACCCUCGUUUCCAAAACGGAACUUACAUGUACCCUGCUGCUGUCUCCACGAACCGCACUUCCAUGACUGUCCCUGGACAAUCUGUUAGCUUCAUCUGGGAGACUCCCGGCCACGGCGUUGGUCCCAACAGCUCUUAUGUCACUACUACUUCUGCUAGCCAACCCCGUUACGCUGCUUGGAUUUCCCAGCUUAACGUUACGUACACACCUUUGAACAUGACUGGAAACAGCAGCGGUGUUGCUAUGCACCCCUCUGCUUAUGUGUUCCCUAACGCUACUCAACAGGUUGUCAACGGUACUGCUUUCGUUGUUCUUGUUGACGAGGCUAUUCCUCUUACUCCUUACAACCUUUCCAUUAUUAACGAGCACGUUGUUGCUGGUCCCGCCGUUUACUCUUCGGAUUAA